AUGGAAGGUGAGGACCAGUCUAUGACUGAUGCGCCUAAUGACUUUGACGAGUCCCACGUCGUCGCUGUGACAAGGCAGGAAGACGGCGACGUUCCUACUACGAACGGUAUGAACCUGGACAUAGACGAGAAUGAAGAAUUCAGUGAAACCGACGAAACAAUAAAAUCUAUGCGUCGGUUAGGUAUGCUGCCCACGGGAUGCUGUUACGAUGACAGAAUGAAGCUCCAUGCAAAUGCCGAUUUUGGACCCUCACCACACCAUCCAGAAGACCCGAGGAGAAUCGAGGAGAUCAUGAAGAUGUUUAAGAAAGCUGGCCUCGUUUUCACGGGUCCCGAUUCCGAUCUUCUUGACAUCCUAAGAGAAGCUCCAACCAAAUAUAUGUGGAGGAUUCCAGCUCGUCCAGCUACGAAGCAGGAAAUCUGCACGGUACAUACCCCAAGGCACUAUGACUGGGUUCAAAAUCUCUCCCAGAUGUCGACUAGAGAGUUACGAUCAUUGAGCCAUAAGUUGGAUCAAGGGAGGGCCUCUCUAUACGUAGGUGGUAUGUCUUAUGAAGCAGCACUACUUGCAGCGGGAGGUUGUGUGGAGACUUGUAAGAAUGUUGCUUCUGGGCAAGUGAAGAACGCAUUCGCUAUUAUUCGGCCACCAGGUCAUCAUGCCGAGUGUGAUGUACCUAUGGGGUUUUGCCUCUUUAACAACGUCCCUAUCGGUGCCAGAGUCUGUCAAGACGAGUACCCAGACACUUGCCGCAAGAUACUCAUCCUGGAUUGGGAUGUUCAUCACGGAAAUGGCGUUCAGAACAUUUUCUACGAAGACCCGAAUGUCUUAUAUAUAUCCCUCCACGUCUACGAAGAUGGUAACUUUUACCCAGGAAAACCAGAUAACGAUAUGAUACCCGACGGAGAUAUAGACAAAGUCGGCGAAGGUCCAGGCAAAGGCAAGAACGUGAACAUUGGCUGGCCAUCUCAAGGCAUGGGCGAUGGCGAAUACCUCGCCGCUUUCCAAAAGAUCGUAAUGCCCAUUGCUCGCGAAUUCGACCCGGACAUGGUAAUUAUCUCUGCCGGCUUUGAUGCGGCCGAUGGUGACGAGCUGGGUGGAUGUUUUGUCACACCACCAUGCUACGCACAUAUGACGCACAUGCUAAUGUCCCUUGCCGGCGGAAAGGUAGCUGUAUGCCUCGAAGGAGGCUAUAACUUGAAGGCAAUUUCCAAUUCAGCUUUAGCCGUCGCCCGGACACUCAUGGGAGAACCGCCACCAAAGAUGGGCGUACCUCCCCUCAACAAGGAUGCAGCAAGACUCUUAGCAAAGGUUCAAGCUGUCCAAGCUCCCUACUGGGAAUGUAUGAGACCUGGAAUAAUCGAAGUCCGAGAAUUGGGAGAUAACACUUCCCGUUUACACGACGUUAUUCGAGGUUAUCAGCGGCAGAUACUGUCAGAUAAGUAUGCCAUGGUUCCCCUCUUCAUUCAAAGGGAAGUCCUCUACAAGUCGUUUGAGAACCAGGUUCUUGUCACGCCGGGAUUGCAAGCCAGGAAAAAAAUCGUAUUCGUCGUUCACGAUCCUCCCGAGUUGAAGGCAAUGCCGGAUAUUAUCGACAACACAGUUGAUCCCCAUAAUGGCUUCAUCUUGGAUGGUGUUAUGUCUUAUAUCGAGUGGGCUCACAAGAACGACUUUGGUAUUAUGGACGCCAAUAUUCCCCAUUACAUUACUCAUUCCGAGGACAUCGACGCGUUUACUCCCCGUGCAGACGAGAAGACUUUGCAACGGCAGAUCCAGGAACUAGUAUGCUACAUAUGGGAUAACUAUCUUCAGCUCUACGAUGUGGAAGACUUGUUCAUCGUAGGCGUAGGCAAUGCAUACCUAGGGGUUAAGGUCCUCCUGACAAAUAGAGAUUGCAAAAAUCGAAUCGCGGGGGUGAUUAAUUUCGUAACGGGUAACCUGCGGCCAGUGAAAUCGGAAACUGACCCAGAGCUAUCGAGCUGGUAUAAACAGAACUCGCUAGUCUAUGUCACAAACGAUCAUGCCUGUUGGAAGGACACCGAUCUGGCAAAGAAGGUUCUAAAGAAACGCUUCGGGGGGGUACACAGGAGCCCGGAAGUUGGGCUCAACCAGAUGAUGGAAGCACACGCGAAAGAGGUGUAUCAAUUCAUCGGCGAGAGGUGUAGUCAAGAUGGAAGUGGCAAUACCACCGAGGACGAGAAAUAG